GGUCUGUGUGUCCGGCAGUAGCAGGGUGUCUGUGUGUCCGACAGGAGCAGGGGGUCUGUCCGGCAGGAGCAGGGUGUCCGUCCGUCCGGCAGCAGCAGGGGGUCUGUCCGUCCGGCAGCAGCAGGGGGUCUGUCCGGCAGGAGCAGGGUGUCUGUCCGUCCGGCAGCAGCAGGGUGUCCGUCCGUCCGGCAGCAGCAGGGGGUCUGUCCGUCCGUCCGGAGCAGGGUGUCUGUCCGUCCGGCAGCAGCAGCGGCCCGCGAUGGAGCUGGGGCGGCUGCAGUACCUGCAGGCUCUCGUCACCGAGUUCCAGGGCACAGACAGCUCAGAGGCCAAGGAGCAGGUCCUGGCCAAUCUGGCCAAUUUCGCCUACGAUCCCAAAAACUACGAGUACCUCCGGCAGCUCCAGGUCCUGGAUCUGUUCCUUGACGCCCUCAGUGAAGACAACGAGGCCCUGGUGGAGUUCGCCAUGGGCGGCCUUUGUAACCUGUGCCUGGAUAAAACUAACAAGGACUACAUCCUGGAGGCGAACGGGAUCGAGCCCAUCAUCGGCUGCCUCUCCAGCUCCAACGAGGAGACGGUGAUGUCGGCGGUCACCACGCUGAUGUCCCUGACGACGCCGCAGUCGCGCCCGCAGACCACAGCGCUGCCCGUGGUGGAAUGCAUGCUCCGCUUCUCCCUCUCGGCCAGCAGAAGGCUCAGCAACCUGGCCACUGUCUUCCUGGAGGAUUACUGCACGCCUCUGCAAGUGGAGGAGGCAAGGAAUCUCAGCAAACACACAGCAGUGGGGAUUCCUCUCCCCAAGGACUGAAGCUGUCAGAGCUGUUGAGAAGGACCUUCCCUCUUGUUUUCCUCCACUUCCUGCUCAGCAGGUCAAGAGCAUGUCAAGAACAAUAUUAAAGAGGGAAACUGGUCAUACCAGCACUGGAUUUUAGUUAAUAAAGAGGUACAGCACUGCCAUGUCAAUCAGGCCAAGCACACAGCUAAAACUGCAAGCAAAUAUUUAAAAUAAAACAGAUCUGUUGGAGAGCAGGUUGCCAAGUGCAGCCCAGCACCCAGCUUGCACAAAUAACCCUUCCCAGCUAUUGGAUGUUUUUUCUGCUUGGGUUAUUGGGCAGCUUAUAUCCCCUCCAGUUCCUGGCUGGUUUUGCUGCAGCUUUCCUCUUCAGUGUCACCUCAAAUGACUUUGAAAUGUCACAUAAACUUUAUUCUUCCUGCAGAAGAAGGUGUUGCCCUGCCCUGGCAGUUUGCAGUCUUGCUGUGUCCCCUUGUUACUAAACAUGCCAUCAUAUCAUCCUAUCAUCACAGGCCUAUCAUACAUAAUAUAUAUAUAAUAAAUAGGCUAAUAAAUCACCAUACAGGACAGGUUGUAGCCAUCCUAUGAAUCAGGUAGUGCAAAGUUGCUUUUCUUUCAUUACCACUGGUAAGAAAGGUGAAGAUUAAAAAAAGAGCUCAUGGAACUCUGGCUCAUAAGAACAGCUGUCUUGUAAAACCUUCUCUUAAUAAAACAUUAACUUAAGUGCUGUGUAAA